CUGACUGAUUCCCUCUCAGAGCAAACCUUCUGCCGGCUGAUCAGACUGUUGCUCUUCCUCCUGGAGCUGGACGCCAUGCUGGACCCGCAGAGCGACGCCCUCAGCGACGACCACGGCGGUUCAGAAGACGAGGCCUUCCCCCCCCUGCCUCCUCCCCACUCCCCGGGCCUGGGGGGGGCUCAGGAUGAGGACGGCCCGUUCGCAGACGCUGUGUCCACAUUUAACCCCCUAAAACCUGAACCAUCCUCCAUCCAUCCACCCUCCACUCAUCCAUCCAUCUAUCUAAAUCCAUCCAUCCAUCCCACAGGGCCGGACGUGUCCGGUCUGGCUGAUGUUCCGGCUGCUCAGAGGAAAUCGGUGAAGAGGCCUCAGCCCAAACUGGACUCUCAGAGAUGUCAGCAGGGAGGUGAAAAGGAGGAGUUGGGAUGGGUCAGGAGGAGUCGGGAUAGGUCAAGAGGAGUCGGGACGGGUCAGAAGGAGUCGGGACGGGUCAGGAGGAGUAGGUUUGGGUCAGGUGGAGUUGGGAUGGGUCAGGAGGAGUCGGGAUGGGUCAGGAGGAGUCGGGAUGGGUCAGGAGGAGUCGGGACGGGUCAGGAGGAGUUGGUUUGGGUCAGGUGGAGUUGGGAUGGGUCAGGAGGAGUCGGGAUGGGUCAGGAGAAGUCGGGAUGGGUCGGGAGGAGUUGGGAUGGGUCUAUUUUGGGUCUAUUUUGGGCCUUGGCUCCGGCCUCUGACCCGGAGGCUGCUGCUGUUCUCAGGCUGCUGUCAGACAGAGGACUUCCUGCUCUGCGCACGCUGUUUGAGGACGUCCGCUUCAGAGGCAAAGGCCACGAGGCGGAGGACCUGCGGGUGCUGGUGCAGAGGAUGGAGAACUGGGCCCACCGGCUGUUCCCCAAACUGCAGUUUGAGGACUUCAUGGAGAAGGUGGAGAAGCUGGGCGGCAAGAAGGAGGUGCAGGAGGAGGACCAGCAGCCCCCUCCCCCCACAGACUGA